AUGAGAAAUUUUGAUUGGUCAAAAGUUUGGAAAAGUUGCGCUGAGAAAAAUCUUCUUCACCUUGGGAAAGUCUCUCUUGCAGAUCAAGUCUUCCAAAUUUUCAACUGUAAAAUAUUUCCCUUUUUGCAGGAUAUCUUCAAUUCCAUAAUUUUCACGCAUCCUGACAUUGUUCACAAACUCGAAUGUUCUUUCAACUUCCAGCUGGGAACUUCUUCCAAUAAUUCAAUAUGCAAAAAUGAUGCUCGGGUCAGUUUCUAUAUGUUUUGCCCAGCACAACUUAUUCCAGAUUUAUCAUUGGAACUCCCAAAACAAAGAAAUUGGUACCCAUGAAGUGAUGGCUGAUCAACAUCGCGAGUUCAUUGAGACCUUUGAUGGCGACAAACUCCGUGGAGAAGAAAAAACCCCGAAAAAGGUACAGUAAGUCAAUAAUUCCCAAGAUUCUGGUGAUUUCAGAAAAGCAACUGUGACUUCAUGACUCCAGAAAGUGCUUAUCGAACGAUUCCUGGAGCUUUCGCUAUGCCAAAUAACGUAUUUGAGCGCUUAUACAAUCAAAAAGUUGUUGGUUUUUAGAAAAGCAAUGCAAUAACAGUAGUUACUCAAAUGAGUCUGGACCGGCUGGAAAAUUUCGCUCGGAUGGCAGCUUCACAUAAACUACCAAUAUCUGUGUCGGUUUUCAUCAAAGAUGAAGACCAGGAAAGCAUCUCCGGAGUAGAAAUAAUCAACUGGAAUAAAUUUCAGGCGCACGUUCUGAAAUUCUUCAAAGGAUUAAAUCGCACUGGUUUAAGUGUCCAUUUCGUUUUUAAAACAACACAAAAGGUAAUUUUUUCACAUCAUCAAUAUCGUAAUCUUCCUAGAAUGUUUACCCUAUUAAUUAUCUCCGCAAUGUUGCUCUGGAUUAUGCUGAAGGCGACUGUGUUCUGUUACUCGACGUUGAUUUUUCUCAUCUGUGGAGGUGAAUUUGAAAGAAUUCGUUUAAAAAAACAUACUAUGAUGAAAAAAAGUUCUUGAAUGGUUUUUUUUUUCCAGAACUAAUGAAUAUGGAGAAAUAUGCAGGCGCUUUGAAGAAGCUGGAGUUAUUCGUUUUGCCGGCUGUCGAGACGUUCGAAUCUGAACUUUCUGCUAUCUGCCCACGAAAUAAACAAGAAAUCGCUCAAAAUUUUUUGCGAGGAUCGGUAAAUUAGAGCCAUUUUUGCUUAUAAAAAUUUUCACGUGAGCAGAUGCAGCCGUUCCGACAAAAAGCUCAUUCCCGGGCACACUCUGCAACCAACUAUGAAAAAUGGUUAACUUCGAAUAUCUCAUAUGAGGUAAGUUAUUUUUCUGGAUGAAAUAAAACUAUCUCUAUUCAGAUAAAAUGGGAAAGACACUACGAACCAUACGUUUUGAUCAGAAAAACUGAGGUUCCAAAAUACGACCAGAGAUUCGGAGGCUUCGCAUGGAACAAAGUAACUCACUCGAUGACUCUUCGCCUAUUGAAGUGAGAUCUUUUUUUUGAGAUUUCCACUUGAAAACGAUUUUUCAGCUUCAAAAUGCGCGUACUGCCUGACGUUUUUGUUCACCAUCAGCGUCACGCUCCUUCUGAAUCGCUACUCCUUUUCCGAACGGAUAGCCUUUACAAAGAGUGCAUCGGAAAGCUGAAACGAAAAUUUGCACGAGAAUUACUGGCAAACAUAUCGGCGUGGCAAAAAAAUGUAGAUCCACGUUAGCCAGGUAGGAAAGCAAACAAAAACAGCAAAAAAUGGACAUCAAACAGUUCAAAAAUGCAAAUGAAGCGCUGUACCGUGGUAUAAAAAUGAGCCGACGGAGCAAAUUGAGCAUCCAGCAGCGAUGAUUCGAGCUUUUAUCUUCUGCACGCUUUUUUGUCUUGUUCAAGCCAACUUGCUCGAGAAGGUUUGGAGCAAGAAGAAUCAAGUGGAAGCAGCUCCAGAGGAGGUAGGACCUUGAACUACUGCCUCUGAACUUUUGAACUUCAGGUUAAAAUCGUGUCCGACAAGGAAGAUGUUCCGGCGAACUCUCAAAACGACGAUGUGCCCAAUCAAACGUUCGCUCUGGCUCUGCAAGAAGGCCAGGACACGUCUUCAGACGGCGAGAACUCUUCUGAAGUCGUUAUCCGAGCCAAGCGCUACUACGGGUGCGGCUGCGGCUGUUGCGGCUGUGGAACCAUGGCUCCUGCUGCUACCAUGAUGCCUUGCGGAUGCGGAUGCGGCUGUUGCGGAUAA